CUAGAAUGAGAAAACUUAAUGCAAGACAUUUGAAACUGGCAGCUUGGCGAUGACUGAAUCCACCAUCCAGAAUAUUUUCUCCUAAGACCCUUCUUUACGCGUAGGGUUCUUCUGUCUGGCGCCAAGAAACUUCCUUUUCCUUAACAUCAACCCUCUCAUUCUUUCUUUUUACUUUAGUCUUUGAUUUUGGUCUCUUUUUUACCAUUUAUGACACACUUUCUGAACACAAAAUAAUGGUCACAAUCAACAUUUUCAUGCUCAGCAACUCCAAAAAGACGUCCUUUUUGGGCUCCCUGCCUUGGAUCCUGUAAGAAGCAAAGACCCUUUUCUUGAAUCUUUGUUUGGAGCUCUAGCUCGUGUUUGCACUUGCAGGGUCAGUUUGUGAUUUUGACGCUUCAACACCUGCCUAAGCCUUUUGUUUUUGUCUGGAGUUGUUUUCUAAUUGAUUCUUGUGGUGGGGUUUGAUCUGAUUCGGUAAAAGUUGGAAGCUUUGGAGAGGGGCAGGGUUUUUUCUGGGGUUUGCUUUUGUUCUUACUUCUUUGUGUUUGAUCUUGAAGUUCUGAUUUUUGGUACGAACCCUUGGUUGGUCUUGGGAAUUCGCCUCUGGAAGGUACUGGUUGGGGUUUUCUGAGAAGGAAUUGAAGUGGGUUGGAGGUGGAUUGUGAAAAAGGAAGGUUAUUUUUCUUGGGGGUGUUUGUAGGUGAUGAAGGGAUUGAAGGGGGUUUAGUACUUUGAUGAAAUGAGAAACAUAUCAAGCACUUGGAAUGGGAGUUCAUAAACAUAUGGUUAACACAAAGAUCAGCUUUGGUGUUCUUUUGGUUCUUCUUCUUGUAGCAGCAGUCAGCUCUAUAGAAAAGAGGGAAACAGAAGAUGAUUUUGUUAGCGAGUUACUUGAUCCAGCAUCUGAAUUGUUAGAUGAGCACACGGCUAAGGUCUUAUGGAAAUAUUGUGGGGAAGGUUUAUUUCAUUUAACGAAAGAUUUUGAGGAUCAUCUGUGCCUCUCACAUGAACUGUCUGGCCUCAGCAAUAAAAUCAGUUCAGAGAUUCGACUACUAGCAGGAGAAGACAUCCAAAAAUUUAUCAAUGCUUACUGUCCUCAAUUCAAGGAGAACUUUCUUUACUGUUUAAGAAAAAAUAAUCUUCCAUUACCUGUCUCGGGGAAAGAGGAUGAUUUCAAGAUUUGGCAUGUCUCUUAUAUGGGUCCACUUUUUUCCAGAUCCAGUGUUCCAGAAACAAAUUUUGCUCGUGUUUUGCUCCAGCACAUAUCAGAACCACCUAGUUCAGGCCCUGCGGUUGGAUCACCUACACCCAGUUUAACACCAUCUCCUGAACCCAGUUUAGCACCAUCAUCUGAACCCAGUCUGGCCCCAUCACCUCUUGCUCCAACGCCUCUAGUUCCCAGACCUCUGCAACCUUCUUUCCCACCAUCAUCUUUUUUCCCAAAAUUGACACCACCAUCAUCAACUUCAGAUAUUUCGGCUCCUCCACUUUCUGACGUUAGCAAUCAGGAAGAUGGACAUAGUAAUAAAAAAAAAGUUGUUCUUGCUGUGGUUAUAACUGCAUUGGUGACAUUUAUAGCUGCAGCACUGCUCUUUUUAUGCUGUAGUCGGUAUCGUAAGACUGGCCAUGUUAGACUAAAUGAUGAUAGGCCCCUCCUCAGCUUGAGCAUGAGUGACUAUUCCGUUGGUCCUUCCAGUUAUUCUUUCGGAAAUUCAAUAAAAGGGGAGAAACCUGGGUUUCAGUCAUCAAGUAAUAGUUUGGUAGACAAUAAGAAGUACUCAGUGCAGGAAAGUCAAUCAAUAGGAGCUCUUAAUGCUGCUAUCGGAUUACCAUUUGAACUGAAACCUCCUCCUGGGAGGGUGGGGACCAUCCCUUCUGGAAUGCCUCCUUUAAAACCUCCUCCAGGCAGGUUAAGCCCCCUUCCACCUGAGCCGCCUUCAUUUAGGCCUACUGGUAAUACUGCUCCGGCUGCUACUACUGCCGUUGUUGCUGCUGCUGCAGCUCCUCAUCCUCCUCCUUCCCCUCAGCGGCCUGCUAUUAGUAGCACUCCACCACCACCUCGAGCACCAGCUGCUGCCAAACCUGGCCCCCCUCCACCGCCGCCAGCACCAGCUUCUACCAGACCUGGUCCUCCUCCCCCCCCGCCACCAGCACCAGCUUCUACCAGACCUGGUCCUCCUCCACCACCGCCACCAGCACCAGCUUCUACCAGACCUGGUCCUCCUCCACCACCGCCACCAGCACCAGCUUCUACCAGACCUGGUCCUCCUCCACCACCUCCAGCACCAGCUGGUGCCAAACACGGUCCUCCUCCACCACCACUCCCAGCACCAGCUGGUGCCAAACCUGGUCCUCGUCCACCACCACCUCCUAUGGGUGGCAUACCUCCUCCUCGAGCUCCUCCACCUUUUGGCUCCAAGAUGGCUCGGCCUUUAGCUAGUGGAUCAGUAGCUGCAGUUGAAGCUGGUGUAGGUGAAGCUGAUGCACCCAAAGCCAAGCUAAAGCCCUUCUUCUGGGAUAAGGUUCAAGCAAACCCAGAUCAAUCAAUGGUUUGGAAUCAAAUCAAAUCAGGAUCAUUCCAGUUUAAUGAAGAGAUGAUAGAGACACUUUUUGGCUAUAAUGCUGUGGAUAAGAACAAUGGUCAAAGACAGAAAGAAUCUUCCUCCCAAGACCCUUCACCUCAGUUUAUCCAGGUUAUUGAUAAAAAGAAAGCACAAAAUUUAUUGAUUCUGUUGCGAGCAUUGAACAUGACAAGGGAAGAAGUUUGUGAUGCACUUUAUGAAGGACAUGAACUGCCCUCAGAAUUCCUUCAAACCUUGCUGAAGAUGGCACCGACAUCAGAUGAAGAACUUAAGCUUAGACUUUUUAGUGGUGAUCUAUCUCAACUUGGUCCUGCUGACCAGUUCCUGAAGGCCAUGGUUGACAUUCCAUUUGCAUUUAAGCGAAUGGAAGCUCUGCUUUUCAUGGGCACAUUUAAAGAGGAGCUUGCAACUACUAUGGAGUCUUUUGCCAUUUUAGAGGUUGCUUGUAAGGAGCUAAGAAGCAGCCGGCUGUUUCUCAAGCUUCUUGAAGCUGUUCUCAAAACUGGCAACCGAAUGAACGAUGGAACAUUCCGUGGUGGUGCACAAGCAUUUAAACUUGAUACACUUCUCAAACUAUCUGAUGUAAAAGGAACAGAUGGCAAGACUACACUCUUACACUUUGUUGUUCUAGAGAUUAUCCGCUCUGAGGGCGCAAAAGCCGUCCGAAAGGCAAAAUCAGAUGAUCUUCACGAUAGUACUCAAGAAACAGAAGAUCGCUUCCAUGAAAUCGGUCUUCAAGUGGUUUCACGCCUGAGCAGUGAACUUGAGAAUGUAAAAAAAGCAGCAGUUAUAGAUGCUGACAGCUUAACAGGAACCACUGCUAAACUUGGCCAUGGUCUCGUUAAGAUACGAGAUUUGGUAAACAAAACCAUGAAGAAUGUGGAGGAAGAUAGGGGGUUUUGUGAGACAGUGAAAAGUUUUGUGCAGGAUGCUGAGGCUGAUGUUAUGAAACUACUGGAAGAGGAGAAGAAGAUCACGGCAUUGGUGAAGAGCACUGGUGAUUACUAUUAUGGGAAUACUGGGAAGGAUGAAGGCAUACGGUUGUUCGUGGUAGUGCGAGACUUCUUAGUGAUGGUGGAUAAGGUAUGCAAGGAGGUGAGAGAUACACAGAAGAAAGCAGCAAAAACUCAAAAACAAGAGACCCCUCGAGGGGCAUCUUCCUCAGAAACGCGUCCACCACCUGAUUUUCGUCAACGGCUUUUUCCGGCGAUUGCUGAAAGGAGGAUUGGUGACUUAAGUUCAGAUGAUGAGAGUCCAUAGGUUCAAGUUGAAAGUGGGGAUGGUUACAUAUGUUUCUUCAUGAAUGGUGGAAGUGGCAUGGUUUUAACACUUCUCAAACUAAAAUGUCACAUGUACAGACCUGGCUGGAGCUGUCAUCAAGCAAUGCAAUUGCUUCCUAUCAUCAUUGUUGUGCCCCCAUUGGGGAAUUAGCUUCAUAGUUUGAGAUAGCCACUUCUGGAACUGUAGUUGUGUAGAAUCUUAUUUUUUGUCUUUCAUAAUUCUUUAUUCAAAUUAAUAUAUUUUUUUGGGCCAGAAUGUAGCAUGAUACUUUUUUUUCUUCUUAUGAAUUUAGAAUUACAUUUUUGGUUAUC